CAGAAUUAUAAAAAUCGCGCCCUAGAGUGGGUACCCUAUGCAGAACGCACAGCAGCAUAAAGACGCCAGAGGACAACUUCUACCCAAACUAUAAUUUAAACCCUCAAGUCAAUAUGCAUCCUAAUUUGGGUACCUGGCUGGGCGCAGUGACGCUCCUCGUCUGGACCUUCAUAUGCAUCGGGACCCUUGCGGAAGGCUACCCGGUCAAACCCGAAAAUCCCGGCGAAGAUGCGCCGGCGGAGGAACUGGCCAAGUAUUACUCCGCUCUCAGACAUUACAUCAACCUCAUCACAAGGCAGAGGUAUGGGAAGAGGUCCAGCCCUGACACACUGGACACACUGAUCUCAGAAUUGCUGCUGAAGGAGAGCACAGACACGCUCCCACAGUCCAGAUAUGAUGAACCAUCGUUGUGGUAAUAGUGUCUGUCCCGGCCCAACACCUGGGCUCAUCGUCGCGGCAACAAGCAACUGAUCUCACCAACAUGGCCGCCUCACCAUGGCCGAUGUCCCAUCCUAACAACCCCAAUGGGUUUCAUGAGUAUGCAUCCCCCUCUCUCCCCAUCCUCCAUCCAGAGGCCAGAUAACUGUUCAGAGUCUUAUGAAAGUCGUUGUCUGUGCAUUGUUAUUCUAAAUCAGGGGAGAGAAUUAUUGAUUGUAUGGUCAAAACUGUGCUAUUAAAUAUGAAUUAUAUAACGGAUCUACUUAUCUUCUGUAGUUAUACACUUAUUUGAAAUGAGUCUUUAGCCAAGAGCAUAAAUGAAGGUUCCUUCUGGCAAUGUACAUUAUACUGGGGAUAUUGUACGUCUUUAAAUACAUGUGUAUGCGGACUCUCACAUCACAACACAUUUUUGCAAUCCCCGGAGAGCUUAGAUUCAUUGAACUCAACUCUUUUCAGGGCAAUGGCAAUUUGGUGGCUAAGGGGCGCACUCUUGUGGUUGAUAUGUUUUACUGCAUUGAACAAAAUAUGGCGUUUCCAGGCCUGAAGUCCGAGUAGCUACUGUGUA